GGGCGCUGACGUGAGCGCGGCGCACCUGGGCCGGGCAGGUAAGGGCCGGUGCGCGACGGGGAGCGGAUCCCGCAGCCCUACCUGCGCGGAGCCAGGUGUUGCUCGCCCGACCUGUCGAAGAGCGCGGUGGCGACGGGUGGUCUUAAGUGGGGACUUGUUUCGGAGGGACGUCCGCUUCUGGCCGCCGGAUUGAGAAAAGGUGGGGACGCCAACUUCUGGCGAGUAGAUUGCGCGAAGGAGGACACGCCCGCUGGUGGAGAAGUGUCUCCUCCAGAGUUCGUGGGAAACUUUGGGUGGCCCAGAGAAAAGAAGACUGACUCGAGGCCCAGCGCUCAGAUCCCCGUGGAUCCAGCUGCGCGCUCAUCUCCCCCAGAUCAUGGCCCUCCACCCCCGAAGAGUUCGGCUGAAGCCCUGGCUGGUAGCCCAAGUGGACAGUGGCCUGUACCCUGGGCUCAUCUGGCUGCACAGAGACUCCAAACGCUUCCAGAUUCCCUGGAAACAUGCCACCCGGCAUAGCCCCCAACAGGAGGAGGAAAAUACCAUUUUCAAGGCCUGGGCUGUGGAGACGGGGAAGUACCAGGAGGGGGUUGAUGACCCCGACCCAGCGAAAUGGAAGGCCCAGCUCCGCUGUGCGCUCAACAAGAGCAGGGAGUUCAACCUGAUGUACGACGGCACCAAGGAGGUGCCCAUGAACCCCGUGAAGAUCUACCAGGUGUGCGACAUCCCCCAGCCCCAGGGCUCCGUCGUUAACCCAGGAUCCACUGGCUCUGCUCCCUGGGAUGAGAAGGAUAAUGAUGUGGAUGAUGAGGAUGAGGAAGAUGAGCUGGACCAGUCACAGCACCACGUUCCCAUCCAGGACACCUUCCCCUUCCUGAACAUCAAUGGUUCUCCCAUAGCACCAGCCAGUGUGGGCAACUGCAGUGUGGGCAACUGUAGCCCUGAAGCAGUGUGGCCCAAAACGGAACCUCUGGAGAUGGAAGUACCGCAGGCACCUAUCCAGCCUUUCUAUAGCUCUCCAGAGCUGUGGAUCAGCUCUCUCCCAAUGACGGACCUGGACAUCAAAUUUCAGUACCGUGGGAAGGAGUAUGGGCAGACCAUGACCGUGAGCAACCCCCAGGGCUGCCGGCUCUUCUACGGGGACCUGGGCCCCAUGCCUGACCAGGAGGAGCUCUUUGGUCCUGUCAGCCUGGAGCAGGUCAAGUUCCCAGGUCCGGAGCACAUCACCAACGAGAAGCAGAAGCUGUUCACCAGCAAGCUGCUAGAUGUCAUGGACAGAGGACUGAUCCUGGAGGUCAGCGGCCACGCCAUUUAUGCCAUCAGGCUGUGCCAGUGCAAGGUGUACUGGUCUGGGCCAUGUGCUCCAUCGCUGGUUGCCCCCAACCUGAUUGAGAGGCAAAAGAAGGUCAAACUGUUUUGUCUGGAAACGUUCCUUAGCGAUCUUAUUGCCCACCAGAAAGGACAGAUAGAGAAGCAGCCACCAUUUGAGAUCUACUUAUGCUUUGGGGAAGAAUGGCCAGAUGGAAAACCCCUGGAAAGGAAACUCAUCUUGGUUCAGGUCAUUCCCGUGGUGGCGCGAAUGAUCUACGAGAUGUUUUCUGGCGAUUUUACACGAUCCUUUGACAGUGGCAGCGUCCGCCUGCAGAUCUCAACUCCCGACAUCAAGGAUAACAUUGUCGCCCAGCUGAAGCAGCUGUACCGCAUCCUCCAAACACAGGAAAGCUGGCAGCCCAUGCAGCCCACCCCUAGCAUGCAAAUGCCCCCUGCCCUGCCAGCCCAGUAAUCACGAAUGCCAUCUUCCUUUUUUUUUUUUUUACAAUAUUGUACAUAUUGAUAUUUUUUAUUAUUCAGAUUUACCCAACUUUUAAACCUUUCUUCUAACCAUAUUAGUACUCUGACUCUCCAAAUAUGCCUGGCUUUAAAAUUGAUUUAAUUUAUGGAAAAAUCACCCUCCAUGCUUUCCCUUUCCUCUUUUAAACCUCCUGAGAGUAGAGUAACGUAGUAGAAGGAGAGCUGGCCUGGGAGUUUGGACACCAGGGUUCAAGCUGCCGCCUUGCUUCCAACAGUGUGACCUUGAACCGCACCAUUUAACUUCUGUGCUUCAGAUUCAUUACUGUGAAGGGAAGGCGUUGAAAUGAUACUUAAAUAACACCAGGUUUAAAGCUCUGCCUUGAUGACUUCAUUCUACUUGUACAUGGCAACACUGCCUGGAACGGAAGCCUUCUGCCUUGAUCUUGCACUACUUUUUUUUUUCCUUGCUUUCAUUGAAGUCCCCUCAGGCACUGA